AUGUCUUCUGGCGAUGGUCUCGACUCUGAACUCGAGUCAUUUCGAACAAAAUGGCUCUCCGAUCUUCAAUCCCAGCAAGGUCCAUCCGCCGGUGCGGCAGCGCCAUCAUCGUCUGCCACCAGCCAUCAUCGGAGUCAGAGCCAUAGCCAACGGCGCGAUGCCUCACACCAGUCAUUUCCUUCCUCGUCCACACGGCCCGCGCCGCUGAAGAAGAUCAACGGGCCGCCCAGCCCCACAGCCACCCGCCGGGCCCUCAUUCUCGAUGAAGGCUCCGACUAUGUCGGCGGCCCUUCAUUUGAUGAGCCUGCCCCGCCGCUCUCAACCUCUUCCCAGCCUCGGACGCUCGCCGAUAGCAUCAACGCUGUGGCAAACCCCUCGCGGAAGAAUCUUGCAUCGGCUCUGGACCAUUUUGAGGAGGCAAUGGAGCAGGAAUCGCGAGGCAAUAUGGGCGACAGCUUGCAAUUGUAUCGCAAAGCUUACAAGAUGGACCACGGUGUAGAGCGCAGAUAUCGUGAAAAGCAUUUCCCAGCAGCGUCUGCCAAGCCGGCCGCCCCGGCACCCAGCACUGGCCAAGCUUCCGCCUCCGCACCUGCCGCGCCAGCUGCCGCACCCGAGGCCGUCGUACCGGCCAAGACCUUCUCCGAGCUAUUAUCAGGCUUCGCCGCCCUGCAGAUAGAGCCCGCCGUUCCCGAAGUCGAGGGCGAGCCCGCGCUCCCCUGCCCCAUCGCCAAACUCCCUGACGAGCUACUUACGCACAUCCUGCACGACGUGGCCGUGGCCGACGUGGCCGAGUACGUGCGACUCUCGCUCGUUUGCCGGCGGCUGGCGUACCUCGUCGCCAGCGAACAGCGCAUCUGGCGGCGACUGUGUCUCGGCUCCGAGUUUGGCUUCGGCGGCAUGCACUACCGCUGGAACCGCGCCAUCGAAUGGGGGCCUCUCUCAUCUGAAUCCGAAGACGAGCAGGCGACCGAUGACAACGACAGCGACGCCUCCGUCUUCAACCCGGAUAACACCUCCCCUAAGAAUUCGCGCCAGCUUCUGAGUCCGCGCGAGCGUGCACAGCGUCGCCAGGCCCGCGAGGAGGCCGCGACGCUCUCCAUGACACCAUCAAUUUUCCCGACAUGGAAGAGCAUGUUCCGCCGGCGCCCGCGCAUCCGCUUCGACGGGUGCUACAUCUCCACGGUCAACUACGUGCGGUCCGGGCAGGCCUCGACCAACCAGCUGACAUGGGGCGGCGCGCCCAUCCACAUCGUCACGUACUACCGGUACCUGCGCUUCUUCCGCGACGGAUCUCUCAUCAGUCUGCUCGCGUCCAACCCGCCCGCCGAUGUCAUCCACUACAUGACGCGCGAUGCCGUGCGCCUGCAUCACGACGUCGCCCAUAACCACCUCCCCAGCGCCGUCAUGCGCCUCGCCCACCGUGGCCGCUGGCGGCUCUCCCCGCCCGGCGGCGGCGGCGGCGGUGGCGCGAAGCGUGGUGGUACCGCGUCUGCAGGGGCGGCGCCUAGCGGAGACGAUGAACUCUGCGUCGAGACGGAAGGUGUCGGCACCAAGUACGUCUUCAAGAUGAACCUUCAGGUGCGCAGCGCCGGCAAGCCCACGGCGUCGCGCAGCAACAAGCUCGUACUGCACGGCUUCUACAGCUACAAUAAGCUGACCGAGGAUUGGGCUGAGUUUCUGCUCAAGAACAACAAGCCGUUCUUCUUCAGCCGGGUGCGAAGUUACGGGCUGGGCGAGUAA